AUGAAGUCUAUGAGUAGUGGAGGUAUUAAUAAAUUAUUUGAAGGGUCACUUAGUAAAGAUGGUAAAACUAGUAGAAUAGAGCAUCAAAAGAUCAAACAAUCAGGAUGUCCAUUAUUAAUAAAAUUGAUGAAAGACAAUGGACAUAUAACCAAUGUUAUAAUAAAAUCAUGUAGAUUAAAGGUAUUACCAGGAGAGAUAUCGUCGCUUGGGGGACAUUUAAAGAAAUUACAUAUAGAGGAUAAUAAAAUCCAAGAGAUACCAAAUUUAGAACAAUUGGAACAAUUGGAGGAGUUGAUAUUACCAAAUAAUGAUAUUGCUAAAUUUCAAGUUUCAAUUAGUAAAUUGACCACGUUGAGGUUAUUAGAUUUAUCAGGUAACCAAUUGGGAACUAUACCGGUACGUUUAUUUAGUUUAGUUUCAAUGAGAGAGUUAUAUUUGGACGAGAAUCAAUUCAGUAAUUUCCCAUCACACCUUUGUGAACUCCAAAAACUAACGACAUUAGGUUUCUCAAAUAAUCUUUUAAAAUCAAUACCCACACAAAUUGGUCAAAUGAUUGGCUUGAAGAAAUUGAUUUUAUCAGGAAACCAAAUGGAAUCAAUACCAAUGGAAAUAUCAAAUUUAAAAUCGUUAACACAUUUAGAUUGUUCUUCAAAUAUUCUAUCGAGUAUACCAAAUGAGUUGGGUAAUAAACUAUCGCAAUUGUCAUUCCUUUUUUUACAACAUAAUAAACUUAGAUCAAUACCCGACGAGAUUGGACAAUGCCAAUCACUCGUUUCAUUAAGAUUAAAUAAUAAUUCAAUCACUUUGCUACCUCAAAGUAUUGGUGAACUCGAAAAUUUACAAGAGUUGUAUCUUCAAGAGAAUCGUUUAAAUACUUUACCCUCGGAACUUGGUAAUUGCUGUUCCCUAAAGAAAUUAUAUUUGGAAUUCAAUAAAUUAAUAGCUCUUCCAGAUAGAUUCAAAAGAUUACAUUGUUUAAAUGUUUUAAGUUUACAUGAUAAUCUAUUAGAUGAUUUACCAAACUUCUUAUCAUUGGAAUUCUCUCAACAUUUAAUUCGUUUUACAAUUCAUAAUAAUCCAUUUCUAAGAGAAAAUGGUAUUGAUGUAAUUGAUUCAUUACAAUUUUUAAAUUCUCAUUUAUUAUCAAUUCAAAAUUUUAUAAAUAAUCAUGAUCAACAAAAUGAUAAUUCAAACAACAACAACAAUAAUAAUAAUACAACUACCACUACAACAACAACUACAACUACUACUACUACUUCAACAACAAAUAAUAAUAAUACAUUAUUUACGGACUCUUAUUUAAGUUCAGCAUCAUCUUCAUCGUUUUUAAAUAAAUCACCAUCUGGUUUAUCUUUAGUUGGUUCAUUUAAUGGUACAAUAAAAAAAUCAAUUAGUAAUAGUAGUAAUAUGAAUGGUAGUGGUUCCAAUGGAGUUGGUCAUGGUAGUGGAUUAACACCAAAAUUAAAUUUUAAAUCAUUAAUAACGUCAAGAGAUUUUUCAUCAGAUUCAGAUUCAGAUACAGAUUCAACAUCAAGUUUUUCAACUUACUCAUCCUCAACAAUAAAUACAAAAAGAGCUUCAAUCUCACCAAGAACAAGUUUAACUUUAUCAAAUAGUGCUUCCAAUGAUAGUGUAUCAGCAGUUGCAAAUGGUAAUGGAAACAACAACAAUAACAAUAACAAUAACAAUAACAAUAACAAUAAUAGUAAUAACAAUAAUUCAGGUUUAGUAAAUAGUAUUAGUUCAUUUAGUUUAAGUAGUGGCCAAAUUAAUUAUUAUAAUAUAUCAAGAGCGCGUAGAGGUACGCAUGGUAAUGAUCAACCACAUCAAACAAUCUCACCUUCAACAUCAACCGAAAAAUUACAACAAACUGUAUCAACACCAAGACAACAAUCAUUUUUUAUUUCAGUUUUAAAUAGAAGGAAAUCUUCAUUAAAUAAUAGUCAAAAUGGUAACAAUAGUAAUAAUAAUAGUAAUAAUAAUAAUAAUAAUAGUAACAAUAAUAUAUCGUCAUUAUCCUCAAGUAAUUUUGCAAAUAGUUUAUAUAAUCCAUUAAUGUCAUCUUCACCAACUUCAUCACCAUCUUCAUCCUAUAGUAAUUUACAUUCUUCUUUUAAUGGUACUUCAACUCCACCAUUUUCUUCACCAUCACAAUCUUCACCUUUAUCAAAUAGUAUAAAUGGUAUUCACUGUAAUUAUAGUAAUAAUAAUAAUAAUAAUAAUAAUAGUAAUAAUAAUAAUAAUAAUAAUAAUAACAAUAAUAUUAAUAACAAUAAUAAUAAUAGUAAUAAUAAUAAUAAUAUUAAUACAAAUGGUAAUAAUAAUAGUUUUAAUGGUAUAAUAAUGGGAUCACCAAUUUAUAAAUCAUUUCAAUCUUUAUAUGAAACUUUAUUGGAUGAUUUAGAUUAUUCAAAAAAGAGAAGAGAAGAAUUAUUAAAUUUAUCAGUUGAAGAGAAAUGGAUAUUUUUACAAAGAAUUAAACCAGAUUGUACGAAUUCGUUAGUUAGUAAUGGUGUUUAUCAAUUACAACAUCAAAUUUCAUCAAAUGAUUUAAAAACUUUAAUUUCAUCACCACCAAAAUUAAAUAGUUCACAACAAUUAUUAUCAUCAUCCUCUUCAUCAUCUUCAUUAUCAUCAUCAUCAACUUCUGCAACACAUUCUUUACAAAAUAAAUCAUUACCAUCGAUUUCAGUUUGUCCAAAAUCACCAAGAACUCAUAUGAAAGUUUUAUCAGCAAGUUCAUUAUUCACCUUGGAAGAUAUAACAAAACUUAGACAACAAUUAGUUAGUAAACCAGUUUCAUGGGUAAUUAAUUUUGCUGAAUCAACUGGUAUAGUUUCAAUACUUUCAAUGAUUACAACUUAUUCUCAAAAUUUAAUAAAUAAUGUAAAUAAAGAUCAACCACAAUCACAACCACAACCACAACCACAACCACAACCUCGACCUCAACCACAACAACCACAACCACAACAACCUCAACCUCAACAAUUACUACCAUUAUUAUCACAACUACAACCACAACAACAACAACAACAACAACAACAAACACAACAACCACAACCACAACUACAAGCACAAACAAAAUCAGAUGAUCAUUUUAUAAUUAAUGAAUGUUUAGGUUGUAUAAAAUUAUUAGUUGAAUUAGAAAUGCAAUCACUUUUAUUAAAUGAUACAGCAGAGAUUAUAUUUCCAUUAAUUUUAUCAAGUCAAGUUUCAACAAAGAGAAUGACAUUUGAAGUAUUGGAAUUAAUUUGUAAAAUAUUUUCAUUAGGUUCAACUAUUGUAUUGGAAUCAAUUAAAAAUUAUUCUAAAAAGAUUAAUGAACCAUUAACUAAAGUCUUCUCUCAUAUAACUAGUCCUUUAGAUAGUGAAUAUCCUGCAGAUCUUAAAGUUAGUUGUAUGUCUUUAAUUAAUCAUUUAAUAGGUUCAAAUCAUUUAUCAUUAGAGGCAAGAAUUGAAACUAGAUCAAAAUUCUUAUCAAAUGAUAUUUUACUUAUAAUUAAAAACUUAAGAAUUGAUGGUGAAGGUAUUGAAACUUCAUCUUGGAAACAAUUAGAAUUAGAAAUGAAACAAUUUGAAUCAAUGAUGGUACAAGAUGAUAAUCAAACUUCAAAUGCAGAAGCGAAUGAAUUGGUUUCAAAUGAAUUAUCACAAAGUAUUGAUAAUAAUAAUAAUAAUAAUAAUAAUAAUAAUAAUAAUAGUUCCACAAAUCUUGUAAAUAAUAAUAAUAAUAAUAACAUUAAUAGUAAUUGUAAUAGUAUUAUUAAUGGUGGAAAUAGUAGUGAUUCAUUAAUUAAUAAUAGUGUUGGUACUGGUGUUGGUUCAAUAAUGGGAGUUGGUAGUUUUAUGGGAGUUAAUGAGAUUGAAUAUGAUAGUCCAAGAAAAGAGUUUGAUGAAUUAAAAUCAUCAAACAAUAAUAAUAGUAAUAGUAAUAGUGUAAAUAAUUUUAUAAAUAAUAUUACUGAACCAAUUAUGCCAUUAACACCAACUGAAGGUAAAUUGGUUGUAAUUGUUUCAAUGCAACAAACUAGACAACAAGCACAAUUACAACAACAAUUACAACAACAAUUGGAAGAAGAAGAUGAUGAUGAAGUACCAUUAUCAUCAUCUGUUGCAACUACUGCUUCAACUACUGCCAAUACAACACUAAUUGAACCAAAUCAUUUACCAAUUCAAACUCGUGAAGUAAUUGUAUCAGUUCAAAGAAAAUCUCAAGCUGGUGAUGUAAUUAGAUCAUUAUUAGCAUCAAAUUCAAAUUUAAAAGAAUUAGGUGAAUGGGGUCUAUUUGUAAAUGAUAGUAAUAGUAAUAACAAUAAUAAUAAUAAUAAUAAUAAUAAUAAUAAAUUAUCAACCAAUGUUAUUGGUAGAUUUUUAAAGGAUGAUGAAUAUAUUUUUGAUCAAAUGACAACUUCAUCAACAAGUGGAUCAUUAUCAUCAGAUGAUGGAGCAACACCACGUCUAAUGACAAGAUCAAUACCAAGAUUUAAAGAGUAUAGAUUGAAAAUGAUACCUUGGAAAGUUAGAGUUUCAUUAGAGAAAGUUAAAGAGAUGGGAUUAGUUUUAAAUGCAAACAAUACUGCCAAUGGUCAAUUUAAUGAGAGUAAAUUCAUAGCCGAAGCACCAAUGGAUCCAACUAUGACAUGUACAGGUUUAGUUUAUCAUUUGAUAAAGAAAUAUUUACCAAACGUUAACGAUAGAUAUUGUUUGGAAGCAGAUGAUUUCGGUCUAUAUUUGGAUACUAAUGCAGGUGGUUUAAUGUGGGGAGGUGGCACAGGUGGUGGCUAUUGGUUAGAACCAUUGGAGAAAUUACACGAUUAUGAAAUAUUUAAAGAUCCAAAAUCAACAGUUGCCUUAAAGUUACGUCCAAAAGGUGUGAAAUUAAAAUUUGCAGAUGGUACUUAUGAAAUAUUUAGAUUGGAUUUAAUGUCACCAACAGAGAAAAUCUUUCAAGAAAUAUCUGAAAAAGUUAUUGAUUCAAAUAAUAAUAUUAAUUUAUCUUAUUAUGGUAUAUUUGUUGACCGUCAACAAGGUGGCGCUAAUGGUAAUGGUAUUUCAGAUUCACCAAUACUAGUUUCACAAAGUUCUUCAACAUCUCUAAUUGAAGAAUCUAAAAAACAACGUAAACCAGAAUGGUUAGAAAAAGGUUUACCAUUAUAUCAUUAUAAAAUUAAUAGUCGUUGUUGUUUAAGAUUUGCACUUAGACCUUCAAAUAUUACUUUGUUAAUUGAUAUUUCUUUAUUUAAAUCAUUUCAACAACAACAACAACAACAACAACAACAACAACAACAAUCCACUUCUUCAUCAUCAUCAUCAUCAUCAUCAUCAUCGGUAUCAUCCAAUAAUAAUUCUACAAAUAAUUCAAACAAUUUAAUUGGAUCAUUAAAUAAUUCAAUUAAUACAAUUAGUGAAUUGGAUGAAUCAAUUGAUGAUAAUGGAUUAUCAUCAAGUAGUAGUGAUAAAGAAGAUCAAAUAUCAACACCAUCAACCUCUAAUUUAUUAAGUAAAUUCCAACAAGUUGAUGAAAGUAUUUCAAAUUUGAAAUUUCAAUUACCACAACCAAUCCAAUCGAAACAAAUCAUCGUUCAAUUACCUUUACAUUUACCAUUGGGUGAAGCAUUAGAAACUGAUGAAAAUUGGAUUGAAACUGGUAUUGAACGUGAAAAAUGUUCAUUCCAUUUCGAUUCAUUCGAUGGUAUUUUAAUGAAUCAAACUCAACCUUUAAAUACUCAAAAUUUCACAGAAAAGAAUAGGAUUUGUGUAUUGAUGGCAGAUGAAUUGGAAAUUAAUUCCGAACAAACCAAUCAUAAUAAAACCAAUAUUUGGGAUGAACCAUUCGAUUCUUCAACCAUUAUUUGUGAUCCUGAUAAUCCUGGUCAAAUUAGAGCUGCAACACUCAAUAAACUAUUGGAACAAGCUACAAAUAACAUUGAAAAGGAUCGUGAAUUAAUGAAUAUACUCUUGAUGACCUAUAUGUCAUUCGCUACCUCUGAUAUUCUAUUGGAUAAACUAGUAGAACGUUAUAAUGUUCCAGAGCAUGAAAAGGAACAAAAGUCAGUGGUUCAAUUACAUACAAUCGUUUUCUUAAAGAAUUGGUUAGAACAACAAGCACCACAAGCAGCUUCAGGUGGUGGUUUAGAAGAAAAGUUUUUAGUACGUCUCUCUGAAUUUGUCGAUAAACAAAUCUCUUUAGAUGGUUACACUAAAAUUGUACCACAAUUAAAGAAAUGGAUUGAUAGUGCAUUAAAAGAGAAAAGAGCCUACGCAAUGCCAGAGGCUGCACGUCCAAAUCAAUUAACCACUAAAUUACCAUCUCUAACUUCAUCACUAUUGGAUGAUGAACUAUUUGUCGCUCAACAACUUACCUUGAGAGAAUAUGAAACCUUUAAAAGAAUUCAAGCAGUCGAAUUCUUGGGUCAAGCAUGGGGUAAACCAAAACUUCAAUAUAAAGCACCAAAUCUUUUGAAAAUGAUUGAACGUUUCAAUAAGAUUUCAACCGGUGUAUCAACUGCAAUCCUUAGUCAACCAAAGAUUAAAACUCGUGUAAAAUUAAUUUGUAGAUUCAUAAAGAUCGCUCAACAUUGUAGAGAUCUAAAUAAUUAUCAUUUAUUAACCGCCUUUAUGGCUGGUAUUAGAAAUUCGAAUGUGGUUCGUCUACGUUUAUCUUGGGCAAAGGUACCAAAGAAACAUCUUCACAUCCUUGAAGAUCUCGAGAAAAUCAUGUCAAUGGAAGGAUCUUUCAAAGAGUUUAGAACUAAAAUGGCUGAAACUAUUCCACCUUGUAUUCCUUAUCUCGGUGUCUAUUUGAAGGAUUUAACCUUUAUAGAGGAAGGUAAUCCUGAUUCCAUAAAUUCUCUAAUCAAUUGGGGCAAAAAGAAAUUAAUCUAUAAUAUCAUUUCAAUCAUUCAACGUUGUCAACAAGUUUCCUAUGAUUUUGGUAAUCAAAAUCAAUCUCAAGUUGCUCAAAAAUCUGAUUUAGUUUUAAAUUAUUUCGAUUCACUUCCAAUUGCUUUAGAUGAAUUACUUUAUAAAAUUUCUUUAAACCUUGAACCUCGUUCAAAUUUUAAUAAUUAA